AUGAUUAGAGAUAAUUACUAUAUUCAUGAGGCACAUAAAUGGCUUCUGCAAUGGAGCGCCUUUAUCAUUGGCCACAGCUACAUGCCAGAACAUGACGUAGUGGUAAUAACUGGCGGUGCCAAUGGCUUGGGCAAAGCGCUAGUUCAGGGCUUCAAGGAACGGAAUGCUAGAAUUGCCGUAUUGGAUAUCUCGAGUCUGCCGGAGCUUGUGGGCGACCCCAAUAUCAAGUUUUACUACUGCGAUGUGAGUGACGUUAAACAAUUGACUGCCUGUCACGUCAAGAUCAAAGCUGAACUCGGAACACCAACCGUUCUAAUUAAUAAUGCCGGAGUAGCGGCUGGAAGUUCAAUCAUGGACAUGCUGUAUGCUGAUAUUGAGCGCACAAUCAAGGUGAAUUUGAUUCUGAACUUUUAUACCGCAAAGACCUUCUUGCCAGGCAUGAUAGAGCUUGGACGGGGCUACAUAGUGACCAUCGGCUCGAUACUUGGCUAUAUGUCACCAGCAAACUAUAGCGCAUAUGGCGCUUCGAAAUCUGGAUUGUUGGGGUUCCACGAGUCGCUCACGUAUGAGUUGGGGCCACCCCUGAUAACCCCUCGGGGAAUCAAAACGCUUCUUGUUUGUCCCGGCCAAAUGCAAACUGACAUGUUUUCGGGAGUGCAAACUCCGCUGAGAAUUUUUGCACCCAAACUUGACAUCGACUCGGUGGCAGGAAAGGUCAUACGCGCAAUUGAAGUUGGCAAAAGAGGAGAAAUGAGACUCCCUGCGUACGGGAUCUUCAUUCCAUUAUUGAGAGCAACACCGUGGCCAGUUGCAGAAUUUGCUAGAGUGCUUUCUGGAAUGGAUCAUUACGCCAAACAAGCAACCCUGAUUGAGAUGCGUCAAGAAGCAACACCCCAAGAUUCGCCCCAAGUUGUGACUGAAACUCAGGAAGUAACAUACAUUGACGUUUCGUCCUCAGAACCGGCUUGA